ACCAACACGAUAGGCGACGAGUUUUCUACGCGCCAACAAAUAAACCUCUCAAAUUUCCGCCCUCUCGGUUGGCGAAUUCAUUUAGACGACUUUACUCGUCGGCCCGCGUCACGUCACGCGGGGAAACGUCAAAUUGGGGUGUUUUACGGCGAGGCAGCGCAGACGGGGUUACGUCAAACACCCCCCGGAUACGAGAGAUGGUUUGGUCCGUAGUAGGUGGGACUGGCGAGCGGUCUGCACCAGGACGUCGUAGAUCAAUGAACCGAACCGGAGGCUCGCUCGAUAAACUGGCGUACAACAAACUGAGCAAACUGGAUAAAUGUGUCACUACUUAAGCGAAAGAGAGGGCACACGCGCUUUGUCGAACUUAACCAAGCCACUCAGUAUGCCGAUAUUUUAACCAGACGGGUUAUUUUCGAGCCUCACACGCCGCUUCCGACCGUUUUCAUUGGAUCUGCGAUUUUUUUUUAAAGGGGGGAGAUCUUGUCAAGAAAUCGAAUAUCUCUAACCUCCAGGAUGAUCUUUGCUAACACGGGCAACCCUCUGAAAGCUGCCACUCGCAAGCAGUGGUCCUCCUGUGCGCAGUCGUACCCCAUGACUCCGUCCAGUCCCAGCAGCAGCAGCAACAGCAGCAGCACGGGUCUGGAGCAGCUCAGCAAGACCAACCUGUACAUUCGAGGCCUGCCUCCCGCGACCACUGACUUGGACUUGGUCAAACUCUGUCACCAGUAUGGCAAGAUUCAGUCAGCGAAGGCCAUCUUGGACAAGACAACCAACAAAUGUAAAGGUUACGGUUUUGUGGACUUUGACAGCCCGGCGGCCGCUUUGAAGGCCGUCCACGCUCUGAAAACCAGCGGCAUUCAAGCCCAGAUGGCCAAGCAGCAACAAGAACAAGACCCCACAAAUCUGUACAUUUCCAACCUGCCUCUGUCUGUGGACGAGAAAGAGUUGGAGAACAUGCUACAUCCCUUCGGCCAAGUCGUUUCCACACGCAUCCUCCGCGACUAUGGCGGCAACAGCCGAGGCGUAGGCUUUGCCAGGAUGGACACCACUGAGCAGUGUAACGCGGUGAUCUCGCACUUCAAUGGGAAAUUCAUCAAGAUCGCCUCCGGAGCUCUGGCUCCCUCUCAGCCCUUGUUGUGCAAGUUUGCAGACAGUCAAAGAAAGAAACACGCUCACGGUGGAUUUGUUCCCAAUGGACAGACGGGAGAUCUCAGACUAGGUCCAAUGACUCUUACCUAUGAUCCCUCCUCAGCAGCUAUGCAGAAUGGGUACUAUCCGUCUCCAUAUCCGGUAACCAACCGGAUAAUGGCCGUGCAGCCUGCUAUGUCCCCCUACAUGUCUCCCGUCUCUGCGUACCAGGUUCAGAGUCACUCCUGGGUGGCACAUCAGCCGUAUAUCAUGCAGCACCCGGCUCCUGUGAUGUCUCCCUCUGUGGAUCCAUCAAUGUCACUGCACCCUACGACUAUGAUAACUCAGCAGAUGGGUCAGCUGUCCCUAGGAAACACUGGAGCAUACAUUGCAGCCAACCCGGGGGUCCAAGGUGCUUACAUGCCGCAGUAUCCGCCUCUGCCGGCAGCACCGGAAAACGGCACGCCACAACAAGUGGAUUCUUCCAACAACUCGUCCCCUUACAGUCAACUGAGCAAGUAACCACAGGCUCAGCGAUCCCUCAGCGAGCCAGAGGGUUGGUGGGCGUGGUCUAAUGACAUCACCGUUCUAGCAGCCCUCUCUGAUUGGACCAGACACAAACUUUUUUGCACAGCCCUUAUGCUUGUGUUGGAAAACGAGGACCGUGAAAAUGCACUCAAGCAGUCGGCUAAUCACAAAAAAAAGAUUUAUUUUGAUAAGAAACAACAAGCUCUUCAAGAUUUUCUCUUUUUUCAAGAAGGAUUCUCCAAUUCCAGAGGACACCCCUCUAGCUCCGCCCCCAUUCUCCACAGUAUGAUGUGAUCCGACAUGCAUGAGAUUGCCAUGUUUUUCCCCUCCACCGUUCUAGGUUUUUAUGAUUUUUUUAGCCACCCCCCCUGCAAAACCUGCUUUGCACUGACUUUUAAAGUUAAAAAAAAAUGUAGGGUUCCACAGUUGUCACAGAAAUCACAUGCUCGAAAGAAGUGACCACAUCAUCGGAAAAGGUGCCUUCCUUAACACCAUCUUCCAGCGUUUCUCAUUGAACUUAUCAGGUGUCAUAUUUGCCAUUUCCAUCUGAUUGAUCCCACACGGAAAAGUGUGUCGCUAUCUAGUCUUCUGGUAGCAAUAAAGACAAUGAGAGUCCCACGGCAAUACUGAAAAGGGGUAAAAGAAUAGUGACAAACUCACCAAGCGUAAUCCUUACUCUUCUCCUCUGUCUUUUUUAUUUUUAUUUUUAUUCCUGCCGAAAUGACAUCUGUUCGACGUGUUUUAUCCUUUUUUUUUUUUUUUUCCCUCUCAUGGUCAGUUUGACCGGUGAUCUACCUCAUGGUUCUGAGUCCACCGGUGUCGUUGGGUUUGCAGGUAAAGCCCUAUUUUUUGCACCGGGGUGGAUGAAGCAGAACAAAAGCCACGCUCGGGGAGCUGGCCAACUCGGACUUCAAGCGUUACGUCUUUUUCUUGCUCGCCCGCGCUUUGGAAAUGUUGUCACUUUGCUUCACCUUGAUUUGUCAAGUGUUUUGUGUUUUUUUUUCUCGACAAUGUGAGAGUAGUUUUCAUGCUCCUUUUGGAGCACGGGUGUCAAACUCACUUAGCAAAUAGUUGGUUUUCAUACAGAUAUAUGCUUAUUCACUGCCAUUGACGGCGAUAGACGUCCAAUACGUUUGAACUGGGUGUGCUGACAGCCCUCUCAAUUCAAAUGGACGUCAACUAGUGACAAACUAAUGUAUAUUCUAAUAAUAAAAUAUGAAUUCAACGUCUAGCAAUGCGUACAAGGUGUCCCAAAUGUUAUGGUUUAAAUUAUGAUUUGGGCAGAUUUGAUAUCAAUUUCAGGAUGAACCUAAAAUACAGUGUAACAUAGACCUCACUAUCAGUUGACGGGAAGCGGGGCCUAUUUUCAAAAACUUAAAAUUCAAAUAUUUUCAAAACCAAAGCCGCUAGCAACUUCAAACCAAAACAUACACCUCCCUUAGGCAUAUAUGAGCCUUCAUGAGAAGUGGCAUCCAAAAAUUCAAAAUCGUUCCCUAAUAAAAGCUCGAUUAUUAUUUUUAUAUAAGUAUGACAAAACUUAAAAUGGCCAUAAAAUUUGCAGAUUUUUACGCUAGAUGCACAAAAAUAACCAAAUGCAGAGAUAAUCACCUAUAUUUUCAGGAUGAAUAGCAAUAUUUACCAUACCAUAUAAGUUUUUGCCCAAAAUAAGGACAUAAAUGUAUUAGUGCAAUUUGGACACAAGUUUUCAACAGCUAAUAAAUCACUCAAUUUUCACUUCAGAAACGUAUACUUGAGAAAAGCAUGCAGAAUCAUCUUAAUUUUACUCAACAAAAGCAAAUUUUUGAUUUUUUUUUUUUUAUAUACAAUCACAACUUACUUAGGUUGAAUUCCGAUGUCACUGUUGCCUCACCACGUUUUGUCGUCUAUCUGGCCCUUCUCGUUUUUAGAUUGAAAUGUUACAUAGAACACGUAAAAGCCAUUUUUUUUUGUAUGGAUGCAGAAAUGUCUAAAUUACAAGUUUUUUUUUUUUUUUUUGCCCAAAAACUGGCAGUUGGCCAAAAAUUACCUGAUUAUUUGAAUGUUAAAGUUACACUAUUGUGUAUGGAUACAAAAUCCAACAUGUCGGCCAUUACAAAACAAAGAACUUUCAAAUUGAAAAUUCUUGUAAAUAAAUGCGUAAAUCCCAGCAUUUCUAUGAAUAUGAACGUAAAACAGCUUAGAUUGGGCAGUUAUAAUUCAUUUCACGUGAAUAUUUCGAGCUAAAGUUAAGCUAAUUUUUUCCCGCAAAAUUUCAAAGUGCAACCUGGUGCUAUUUCAUAUAAUAAUUACUUUGAAUCCUCGACCAAAUCACUCUUGAGACACUCGUGCCUGCUUGUAUGCACUAAAACUUUCGUCCUGUUUCCACCUAAAUCCGGCGUUUUGUUUGAGUUUAUCGCAGUGAAAGCUUCCAAGUCGCUCUGCCUGGCCCGGCCCCCUACGGGAAGCCGUGACGCAGUGUCUGUAGGAGCACUCUCGUCAACUGAUAGUGAAGUCUAUGAGUGGAAAUACAGUUUCCGUGCAAGGUUAUUGUCAUAAUGGACAAAAUGACAAAAAUUAGACUUACAGAAACUAGAAGAGCAUUCUGAGAGAACAGAUUUCUGCCUAAGCAGCCAAAUUCUAAGUGUCUCAAUCGCUGACCUUUAACCUUUGACCCAUUCUAUAAAGUCACCUACUUUAAUUGAAAUAGGAUAAUCUGUUAUCAAGUUAUUGUGAAAUUCCUUUCUGACCUUUGUGACCUAUGACCUCAUUACCCUUAAAUUUAUCUCAUGGACUGCCAUUGAUCAUUUGAUCGCUGCGAUUAAUUUUGCAAUUCAUAUAUACGUGAAUUGUAACGUAACAAGCGAUAAUGGAUUAAGUAUAUAUCACCGUCAUUGGACCUGAAACAUCAUUGGCAGUGAAUGAAUUAAUGAUCUGUCAAAUGAUUUUUUUAAUUUAUCAAUUUGAUUAAUUUGUUGAGUAAUUUUGGAAAUCUUCGAAUUCUAACAUUACCGGUUCAAAUGAUUGAGCAUCUUUGGCACCGUAACAUGAUCAUUGGCAGUGAACGAGUUAAUCGCCCCUUGUAUUCAUAUUACAAACAUAUCCUGCAAGUUUGAUAAUCCCCUUAUUUGUUCUUGGACUUUCUUGAACAAAAACAACUACUGGAAGUUGUAAAGUACUGAAUUAUGAAGAGUUGGACAUACAUUAAAAUUUGUGCAUUGAAAAUUUGGACAAAAGUUGAUAUUUCACCCCCCAAAAAGCUAGAAAUACCAAGAACUCAAGUAUUUUCCAGGACUUUUGAUUUGAAAUUGGUAAGACCUGAUUUGACUAUUAACUAUUUUUAUAGUUUUGUCACAAAAUCUCUGAUGGAAACCAAAACGAGAACAUGAGUUUGACACCUGAUUUAAUGAAUUAGUUGAGUUUAGCUCCGUCAGUCUUUUUCAGCAAAUAAAUGCAGACUUCCAUGCGUUUGUUUGAUGAACCUUAACAUACCACUCAACUACCACUAUCUGUUUUAAAGGUCACUACAGGUCAAACCCUUACUACAGCGGCAGAGUUGCUGUCAUUUACUCUUGGCUGCCAUUGACGACAAUAGACGUCCAAUUCAUUGGAACUAGAAGCUUCCAAUGGAUUGGACGUCUACUCGUGACAAACUUGUUUAAAAUCCAAAGGGCCACGUGAUUGGAUCGUCAAUGGCAUUGAAAAGGUUGAUGCAAAAAAAAGUUAAUAAUCAAUUGCAAUGAGUGGCACAUCUAUUUUUUUAAUGCGGGAUUAGAUUCCAAACUGCAAUUCGAAGUCACAAGGAAAGUAAUGCUUGCUGGCCAGUGCUAGAUCGGGUGUUUUGAUAUAAAUUGUCGGCCAAAUGUUUGCUUCACUUUAAGUUGUCUCGAGAUGAACUUUUCACUAUGACACAUGAAAAAGAAAAGUCAUAGCUACCAAGGUCAGGUUGUACUACUCAAGUACACAAUAUAAUAAGUGAUUUCACAUUGUGAAAUACUUAUUGCUGGGGGGGGAGGAUUCUUGUACAUUUGAACCCCAAUGUUCACCCUGUCACCCUCAACUGAUUCAAUCAUCUCCUUGCUCCCUCCUUUUAAAACAUUUGAAACCGUGCUGAAUAAAAGAAUGGUCUUUCUCUGA